UCUUGGGUGAGGUUUUGGCCGGUUGAGGCGUACGUGCUGUUUUUGGAAGGACCAACUUUAUUAUUGUUGGUAGUUAAGGUGACUGAGAAGUCAACAUUUCAGGCGAAUUCUUCGAAAUCGAGGAAAAUUCCAGUUUCUCAUUUCGGAGUGGUGUGGAAGGUGUCGGCAGUUCAUCCUCAAUCUAUGGCAAAACUCAUUUUUAUGUCAGGAUUUGGACUAUCUAAGAAAUCCAAUAUUCAUAAUCGCGUGAAGAUAAAAUAA